UAUCACUAAUCAAAAUUAGCUCUAAUGAACUCUAGGUGGGUGUAGAAAUCUGAAUGCCUGAAACCAUGGCAAGGUAUUUAUUAAGAAUACACAGAUGAGAUUGUGCAUAGGUAGUGAAAGCCUAGUUGUUUAACAAGAUGAGGAUUGGGCUGCAUCUUUGUAGUUAAUAUUGAGAAUAUAUGUCUAUAGAAAAUCUCUCCCUGCACUUUUUCUCUCAGAAGUCUUACAAAAAUUAGAUAUCUGUAUGCGAAAUUCAACUAAACCAUUUUUUUUCUGCCUCCUCUUUUGAAGCAUAACAUCCAUGAACUUAGCAAGUUUUAUAUUUUUCCUCUUCCAACUUUUUUAGUUGCCAAUGUAAAUGCAUGCCUUUAUAUUUGGAACAUUUUGACAUGUUUUUCAGGUGCUGUGGCAACUAUUUCUACAAAUGCUUUAAUGGAACAGUUGCAUUUAAAAUACCAACAAAAACCAUGGUCUGAAACUCUGAAACUUGUCCAUUUUUGCAUGGAUAAGCCACCUCGAGAGCCUGUCAGGAGUGCUCCAGACCGCCCAUUACUCUCUUGCAUGGAGAAGAUACAGAGGACAUUAAAUGCUAAAUCCUUGUUUUCUGUGAUGAACAGAUUGGAAUCUUUAUCCAAACAAAAAGGGCUGAACGCUCACAUUAGCCCCAGUGGGAGUGCCUGCUACAUAACAUCAGACAUGUUCUAUAUAGAAGUUCAGCUGGAGAAGAAUGGAAACGUGGUGGAUGUCAAGUUGGCUCAUCUCGGAGAAGCUCCUGUGGUUUGUGAUGACUUGGUGCAGCAUCUCAGGAUGAAGAACUAUGAUGCCUUUGGAAAGAUUCUAGAAGACCUGUCAAAUCUGUACCAAAUUCCAGGAAACAGCGAAAUGAAAGCUAAGGGAUACCUUGCUUUGCAGGCCCUUGAGAAAGAUCUUUAUUCAGUAUCUCUUCUAGACAGAACACAGGAUGUAAACAGAAUUACUGAAAUACUUCAUGGAAAAGUAGGACACCUGGUGCCAAGAACUGGAGGAACUCCUAUGACCAUUGAAUUUUAUAUUUCUCCCUAUCAAGUUUUGGAAGCAGAACUGAAUCCUGGUUCCCAGGUAUGUGGGACAAAUGCAGUUGUAACUGUUGAAGGCACAGAUAUGCUACACAAACUUCCCCUUUCUCCACUGCUUGUAGAUCCUCAGGCUGGAGGGGACAGCAACCCUACUUUUUUGCCACUGACUGAUGAACUCAGCAUGGAUUUGCCAGCUUUUUUUGUGCUCAAGUUUCACCAACCUAUUCCUAUGUCCUCAUCCAGUAUUGAAGAGAUACAGGGGCUCACAGGAAUUCAGAUUACUGGUUUGAAACUAUCUCCUCUGUAUGAGCUGAUUGUUCAGUCUAACCUUAAAGAAAAACACAGUGAAGACUUGUCUACAGAUAAAUCCUGUUUCUUUGUGAUGAUUCAGAACUGCUUCACUUUGAAGUGCUACCACACAAGAACACCAGCUUUUCUGUCUUCUUCCUUCAUCCUGUGACAGAGAAUUUAGUCUGUGUGAUAAUUGAUGUUAUAACCUCCAGAGAAAUUCAGUGUCGCCUUAAUUUAAAUCCUCAAGAUCCAACUCUGAAUUAUAAUGAUGACUUCAUAACCAAAGCUGUGAAGCGUUGCAUGUCUGUCCCAGUUGUCAUGAGAGCUAUUUUCAGGAACGCUGCCAAGGUGAAAGCUGAUAGAGAAACAAAAGACAUGGAAGUAGACACAGAACAAAAACUUGAACCACCCUGUGAGACAAUUCUGGAUUCCAACAGUCUUGAAGAAAGUCUGUCUGUGGCUGAGCAGCAGGAUUUGGUAGUGACAGCUAAGCCAGGUAUUACAGACAGCCCAGAAGAAAGUCUCUCCACAGCCAAACUGGAAACGCCAGGUGACAACAUGGAAAAAAGUAACCCCACAGAAAGCACAGAAACUUUGUGCAGAGAGGAAGAAAGUAGUUCCCCAGCUAUUACAGAAGGUGUUAUGACAGAUAACUAAAACACACCAUCUAUUGUUUGAUAAUCAAACAAGAAGGAAAUACUUUCCCUGGUGUAGAUUGCUUUUGCAGAAGUAGUUGGAGAGAAUUUGGCAAGCUCACUGUCUACUUAAUAAUUUGUGAAUGGAGUUUCCUCUUUGCACACUAUUCAGUACACAGAAGUUGUACUCUUGAAUUUUUAUGUUUAAACUUCCAAAUUUGGAAAGUCUAACGUUGUUUUAUUAACCUUUUAUUUUUGUCUGCACCAUAUUCUACUGCAAUAUGGACAAAACUUCUGUCUGGCUGUAAUGUAACACACGUACUCACAGAAAAAUAAUAGUAUUUAUCCAUGUCAAUAUUAUGCUAAAUAAAUUAAGAAAAAUAAAAGCUGUUUUAAGUUUUGUACAUAUAUAAUGAAUGCAGACAGCCCUAUUUGUUCAGUAUUUCAGAAACAAGUUCUAUAAGAUACUCUUAAUUUCAGUUCUUGUUUUGCCCUAAUGCAGCAGUGGUAUUGAAUGGCAUCCAAACUUAACAGUCUGCAAGUGACAGGAUAAUAGAGUCUUUCUUAUUAAAAUUGUAAAGUCAGCCUCUGAAAAUAAAGUAAUUUUCACCUUA